AUGGCAUCCCCGAAGCUAAAAACCACAAUCGCAAUCCUCGGUUGCGGAGAUGUCGGCUCCACCCUAGCCUACACCCUCAUCCUCCAACCCAUCUGCUCAGAAGUAAUCCUCGUGGACCUCAAAGCCUCCCUACUAGAAGCUCAAGUCCGCGAUUUGAACGACGCAACGUACCGUGGCGGCAGCGGCGUGAAAGUCCGAGCAGGCACUCACAAAGACGCUGGCCAAGCCGACAUCGUCGUCAUAACCGCGGGCGCGAAACAAAAGACUGGAGAAUCACGUUUAUCGCUGCUUUCCAGGAACCUGCAUAUUCUGGAGAGUAUCUUUGGGGCCAUGGCGCCGAUCAGUCCGCAUACGAUCUUGCUACUGGUGGCGAAUCCAGUGGACAUCUUGACAUAUUUUGCAAGGAGGUUGUCUGGGUUACCCGAGAACCAGGUGUUGGGGACAGGUACGAGUUUGGAUUCUGCGAGGCUGAGGGGUGUGUUGGCGGAGAAGGCGGAGGUAGCACCGAACAGCAUUGACGCGUAUGUGCUUGGGGAGCAUGGAGACAGCCAGUUUAUCGCCUGGUCAAGUGCUACAAUCGGCACAACACCGCUCGCGCUUGCUCUCCCGCCAAACACAUUGACUUCCGAGUUCAAAAGCCAAAUCUCGUCUCAUACCCGAGGAGCAGCAGGUGCCAUUAUUGCGGCCAAAGGUUGUACUGCAUAUGGCAUCGGAAACAUUGCGGCUAGUAUCUGCAAGUAUAUCCUAUUCGACUCACGCUCUGUUCGACCAUUGUCCUUCUACCAACCUGAGUUGGGCUGCUGUUUGUCGAUGCCGGCAGUGGUAGGUCGGAAGGGUAUCAUCAAGGCCAUGCCGAUUCAGCUUGAUGAGGAGGAGAGGGCGCAGUUGGACGCCUGUGCCAAGGGACUCAGGGGCGUGAUAGAGGGGGCAGAAAAGGAAUUGAGCGCUGACCGUGAGUUGGAGAAGGCGUUAGCAAGUGACAAAGGAGCUUGA